UAGUAUAUUCCAAGAUGGAUUCAUGUUUGUUGGAAGUCUUUUGGUUUUCUUUGAUUUCGGCAUUUUUGCUCGGCUGGACCGUCUACUCCUUGUUUCCCAGCGCUCCAGACUUUAUCCAGGACCUGCUGCACUACGGCAAGUGUAAGGUGGUCAGAGACGACCGCAGCUGGCUUCGAGUCUUCGAUAUCCCCAAAAGAUGGUUCAGCCACUUCUACUACGAGGGUGUGGUGUGGAACAGUUUUAUCCUGCUGGUGGCCCUGUUGUCGUAUGUCGGGGGAGUUCCUGCCUUCUGGUGGUUCCAGGAGGCCCUCAGCUUCCUCAGCACCUACCCUGUGGACCCUCCUACUGCUGACCAUGUGUCUGUCCUGCUGGCCCUGAUUCUACUGGAGUUCCAGUUUCUGCGCAGACUGUGGGAGUGUGUGUACGUCAGCAUCUUCUCCGACGUGAGUGUCCACCUGGUGCACUACCUGCUGGGCCUGGUCUACUACCUGGCUGUUCCACUUUCCAUCAUCGCAGAGGGACCCAAACUCGAUGGAACCAGACUGAGCCUGUCAGAUGUGAGAUGGAGCCAUGUGGUGGGGACAGGUCUGUUCAUCUGGAGCUUCUGGCAACAGAACAAGGCUCACAUCAUCCUCGCCAACCUGCGCAAGGAUAAACGAGGUUAUGUAGUAACGAGAGGACACAAGAUCCCGUAUGGUGGCUGGUUCGAGUACGUGUCCAACCCCCACUACCUGGCCGAGCUGCUCAUGUACCUGUCAAUCACUAUUGUCCUAGGAGGGGAACAUUACCUCAGCUAUGUCAUUCUAGGUUAUAUUCUGGUGGAACUGGGCCUGUGUGGUUGGAUCACUCACAACUGGUACAGAACCAAGUUUGACAACUACCCCAGCAGUCGCUCUAUCCUUAUACCCUACAUUUUCUAACCGCCCCCUCCCCCCUGACUCACAGGAUUUCCUGAUUCAACAAUUCUGAGAAAAAUUAAAGCAGUACUUUGUAAAUUGCAGUUGUCAAAAAUCUAUAAAACAUGUUUUCUAAAAGUAUUCCUAUCUACAAAAACACUGGUCACUUUUAAGGUUUUUUUUUAACCUCUUUUUAGUUUUUAUAUUUUUUUAAGUUAGAUUCUAGAAAUCAAUUUUUCAAAUUCCAAUGUUAAAGUAAAAGUUCUAUAUCAGUAUUACACGUACACGUAACCAAAUGAACGGUACAGUUCCACAUAUUAUAUAAAAGAGAAUUAAUAUUAUGGUCAUUGUUCACCGUAGACAGAAAAUGAUUUUUGUCUUUAUGUUGUGUUAUAUUAAUGUAAGAUGUUUGACAAACAUUACAUGUUUUAGGAAUUUCAAACUGCUAUCUUUUGAAAUCAAAGUGACCAUGGCCACUUUUGCAGCUAAGCUCUACAUUCUAAACCGUUUGGUUCAUUCUACAUAUUUGAUACCUGUACAUGUACUUUCCACAGUAUCUAUUAUUAUAUAUAAUAGCUAAGUGACAUUGCAGAAUACAAAAUUUGAGCCAUGUAGUAUGGCCUUGUCAGCAGAAUUAAACCAAACUGUGCUAAAGCUGCCAUCACACAUACAUAACAAAUAGCUUGCCUGACUAUAUACAUGUAUAUGGCCAAAAUACAGCUUGUGUCCUCUUGAUCACAAAAUGUAUUAGAGACCAGCCAGUUUUUGCAUUGCAGGUCACUCCACUCAAUUUCAUAAGGUAGAUUUUUGGGCCCCAAAUACUCUCUGGCAAUUUGAAGAUGCCAAUGAACAGGUCAUUCUCUACACGCCAGCUUUGGUGUGUUUUGGCCCCAGUUUGUUGGAAUGCAUGUAGCCCUUUCCUCUGGCAGUCCAUCUUUCCAGCCAGCUUUUGGCCACAUGGUGGUGACCUACAUGACCCAUAGUGAGUGCUGGGCAGGGGAUUUGGUGAACAGGCACACUCUUACUUAGCAUCCACGAGUUUCCCAUCCCCAGAAUGCAACGCGAAAACGCGGGGGUAA